AUGACGCCCCCCACGGACCCCGUGCGACUCCACAAGGCGCGCGGCGCCGUGCGCCGGGCGAUCGCGGUGGCCCUCCACGACGACCUGCAGCGGAGGUACGACGAGCUGUCGCCGGCGCCGGGCGAGAAGGUCGUCAUUGAUGGCCCCAGCGCCGCCAAGCGCACCCUGCGCAACGUCUGCCUCGGCUACCUGGCCUCGGCCAAGGAUGCCGCGGCCGCGGCCAAGUGCGGCUCCCAGUUCGUCGAGGCCGCGGAGCGCGGCUGCAUGACGGACAAGCUGGCGGCCUUCCAGAGCCUGGUGGAGAUGCCCGACGCGCCUGAGACGAAGGAGGCGGUCCAGCGGUUCUACGACGAGGCCAAGGGCGAUUUCAACGUGAUCAACAAGUGGUUCGCAAUGCAGGCCCUGGCGGACACGGAGGAUUCGCUCCAGCGCGUGGAGAAGCUCAUGGAGCACCCGGACUUCACCCUGAAGAACCCAAACCGCCUCCGGAGCGUGGUGAGCAUGUUCGUUGGCAAUGUGAGCGGCUUCCACAAGGCGGACGGCUCUGGCUACGCCUUCAUGGCGAAGAUGGUCCUGGAGGUCGACAAGAUCAACCCGCAGGUGGCGUCGAGGAUGGCGCUGGCGUUCUCCACGUGGGCCAAGUUGGACGCGGCGCGGCAGGCGCUGGUGAAGGAGCAGCUGGGGAUGCUGCAGGGGCACCAGGGAGACCUGUCCAAGGACACCUUCGAGGUGGUCUCCAAGGUCUCCCGGGCGGCCUGCAGAGAGGCCGACGCCCUCGUCACCCGUGCUCAAGCACCUCGACUCGCGAUGGUGGAGCAGUUUGAAGAGGAGAACCAGAGGAAAUUAGAGGACGACCGCUGGUGGGAGGGGAACGACGAGCGCGGCCAGCUGGCCGUGGCGGAGAGGCUGCUGGGCGCCGACGGCGGCGCCGCGGACGCGAACGCCGCGGACGGUGCCGGGGAGUGCCCGCUGCAUCUGGCCGCCGCUCGGGGCGACUACACGAUGGUCAAGCUGCUCCUCGAGCGCGGCGCCAACGCGGCCGUCCGCAGCCGCCUUGCUGGCAAGCUGCCCGAGGACUGCGCCCGGGAGCGCGGCCACACCGACACAGCCACGCUGCUGGCGCGCAGGGCGGCGAUGGUGGAGCCUGCGAGCUCUGCAGAGGUACCCGUGCACCGUGGCCGCCGCGACCCUGGCCGGGGCAGCCGGCGGUCUGGAGUGGGUAUGGAGCAGCUGGUGGUGUCCAUCUCGAUCGUCUUAGGACUCGAUCCUCUGCUGUCCUUGGAGAAAGUGCUCAACCGUACGCUCGCGGCCAUCAGCGGCCUCAUCCUGGAGGAGGUGGACGACCCCAACUACGAGCCCUGGGCCGCCGUGCAGUGGUUCUCGGGGGAGCAGGGCGGGAAGCCCCCCCGGAGCGGCCCCCCUCGCGACGCGCCGCGCCGCGAGGCCCCCGCCGCGGGCGGCCGCGAGCACGAUCGCGACCGCUCGCCGCGCGGCCGGGGCGGCCACGAGCGGGGCGGCCGCGAGCGCGACCGCUCGCCGCCGCGCGGCAAGGGCGGCGAGGGCGAGCCGGCCCCCGCCGAGCGCGGGGAGGCGGCCGAGGGCUCGCCCCUGGAGGCGCUGGAGCGCCUGGUGCCGAGGUUCCCGGAGGGCGCGCUGCAGAUGGACUUCGUCGGGGGCGGCGAAGAUCGGGGCUACGUGGAGAGGGAGACCGGCACCGUCAUCUCGGUGGACACGAGCCUCGGGGAAGAGCACCUGACCAUCCUGGUCACGGGGCCGCUGCUAUGGGUCUACGCGGCUCACUGCAUGGUCAUGAAGAGAUACCACGAGCUGGAGCGGGAGAAGGAGGACCGCGCCCGAGGCCGCGGCGGCUCCGACAUCGCCAGCUCCAAGGUGGACGAGCUCCAGGCCCAGCUGGCGGCGCUCCAGAGCCAGCUGGCCGAGGUGCAGCGCUCCCAGGGCGGCGGCAGGAAGUAACCUCUCGGGGGCCCCGUCGCCCCGGCGUCCGGCCGCUCCCGCGGGCGGCCCCCCGCAAGCGUCGAGGCGGCGCGCGCGCGCCAGCGGGGCUUAUAGUGGGAGGCGCAUAUUGUCUGCGGAAAGGUGCGGGCGCGCUUUCGCACCAAUGGUCUCGUGGCUGC